AUGGCGGCUAAAGGCAGAGUUGUUUCAGUCGUUUGCAGCGACCUCUGCGACUCUUCCGAAUCCGAGUCGGAACACGUUAGGACACCUGCCAGCGGGCCGUCUUACGGGCCUCUCAACUACACGCAGGUCAUUCACAGCGGCCACUUUAUGGUGUCCUCACCCCACAGCGACGCAUUGCCAGGCGGCUUGAGAGGCGGAAGGUGUCCGCGGUACGACUUCGAUACGGUAAAUCGGACCUGGUGCCAGACGUACCGUUAUGGGCCGCUCAGCUCUGGCAGCCUGAGCAUCGACCCUACUCUCACGCGCCUUUUUGAGUGCAUGACCCUGGCCUACAGCGGCAAGAUUGUGUCCCCAAAGUGGAAGUCUUUUAAGGGACUGCGCUUACUGUGGAGGGAUAAGAUCCGUCUAAACAAUGCAAUUUGGAGAGCAUGGUUCAUCCAGUAUGUGGAAAAGAGGAAAAAUCCUGUAUGUGGCUUUGUCACGCCUUUGGAAGGAUCUGAGGCAGAUGCCCACAGAAAGCCAGAAGCCAUUGUAUUAGAGGGAAGCUAUUGGAAACGACGGAUUGAAGUGGUCAUCAAGGAGUAUCACAAGUGGAGGAUAUAUUAUAAGAAGAGACUCCAGAAAGAGAAGGAACGUAUCAUGUCAAUGCUGCAAGAGGGUCAAUUCUGCCAGGCAAAGUUGGAGAAAUGGUCCAAUCAGAUGUAUCGAGAGCCUGAGGCAACACCAGAGGAGGCACACAUGUUUGACCUGGAAUACCUUCUGUCGGACAUCUCUGACACCCUGUUCACAAUGACACAGAAGCAGAGCCCUUGGGCCAGCGAGCGACAUAACACAUACACUACAAAUGCUGAUAUGAUUCAACCUGGCCUAACGCCUCUGCAGCCCAACUUGGAUGAUUUCAUGGAUAUACCAGAUAUAUUUUUGAACUCGGGGGUCCAGCCAUGUGACCAGACAAGUUUUGCAGAUUCCGGUCAUUUUGAAAGUUCAUCCAACAUCGCACUUGCCCAUUUUCCACCUGUGCACGCAGCUCCUCAACUACUCAUUGACACCCACCUCUCUGAGGCUGGUUUGUCAUCUGAAAAUUUGCCUCAGCCGUCAUCAUCGAAUACUCAAGCAGAUGGUACAAGACUAAACCAGAAUGUGGGCGAAUACCACUCAGCCACUUUGCCAUACGGAGCUCCGUCAUACUCUGAUCCUGCUUUGAAUGCACUGUUACCCCCCAACGUUGAGCAAGUCUUUUCUACCGCUGUGCCAUUUUUUUACCCCCUUCCAUGUCACAAUUUCAGCUACCACACACCCACAACCGCCAGCGUGACCCCUACUGUCAUUACACACACUGCUUCCACAGUGGUGAAUAUGCAACAGGCUUACAGCUACCCUCACACGGGGGUCACAUACGACCAACCUCUGUGCCACUCUCUCAGCUAUUCGGCGUUUACUUGUACGUCGGGGCCAGAUCGCACAGCCCAGCCGCUUGGAAGCGCAUCGCACUGCUUUGCAGUUCCCGAAGUGUCUACUACACAAGUAAGAGGGAAGCACAAGCAAAAGAGAGGCGGAGUGAGAACAUUUGGUCCACCUGUGGAUCUGUCUUACACUAUGCCCACUGCUCCCACCAGCUGCCUGGCUAAGCUGCUCUCCACAGGUGCACCUGAGCGGAAGCCGUCGGUGGGUUUUGAAAGCACACGUGUGACGUUCAAAGGUCGAAAAUCGACAUCUCCCAGUGCGACGCAGGCUUCAUCGCAAGUGCAGCAAGGAGACAGCUGGCAUGGAGCACUACCAGUAUUGCACAACCAGAGUUCAGCCCAGGGUCACAGUCGAACCUCCAAAGGCUCAACAGUGUCUUCCCUAAUCAUUGAUGACACAACAUACACGAGCACAGCACCUCUCACCCCCAAGACUGAAAAACUGUCCCCUGUCCAUUUUUAUGGUACAGACAGAAGCAGUUUAGCAGUCAUUAUUUGAUUUCUUGUUGAUUUUCCCGGAUCAUCACCACCACACCUGCUAGAAAAAUCCCCUAAUCCAGAUUUGCCAUAUUCAGGCUCACUUGGGUAUGGAAUGAUGGAAUCAAGCAAGCAAACGGAGACCAGACGGAUAACCCACAUCUCGGCUGAACAGAAGAGGCGUUUCAACAUCAAACUAGGAUUUGACACUUUGCAUAACCUCGUAGCAACACUCAGCUCUCAACCAAGCGUCAAGAUCAGCAAAGCGACUACAUUGCAGAAGACCGCCGAGUACAUCAGUAAGAUGCAACAGGAAAGGGCUCUGCUGCACGAGGAGGCUCAGAGACUCCAAAAUGAGAUUCAGCUCCUGAACACUGCCAUCAAUACGUGCCAACAGCAGCUACCUGCAACAGGCGUUCCCAUCACACGACAGCGAUUUGACCACAUGAGGCAAAAAUUCCGAGAGUACGUCCAGGCACAGACUCUGCAAAACUGGAAGUUUUGGAUAUUCAGCAUCAUCAUCGAGCCACUGUUUGAGUCCUAUAAUGGAAUGGUGUCUACUGCAAGUGUGGAACAACUAUGCCAAUCCACGUUAUCCUGGUUGGACCAGCACUGCUCACUGCUUUCUCUAAGACCUAUGGUCCUUAGUUCACUCCGUCUCCUGAGCACCACGACGUCCAUUCUAACUGACCCGAGCCUGCUGCCUGAGCAGGCCAACCUCGCCGUCACCCAGGGUGACCCCCCUGCCACCUCGGACCACUCCAUACAGCACCCCGCUCAAGACAAUUUACAGUUACAUGAUAUCACCACACAAGCCGAGAACAGGCAUCGGGGACUAGCUAAUGCCGCAAAGGAGGAACGAAGAGGACCAAGCCUCGGCUCAACAACAUCAGGACCUACCAUCCACCCAGUCUACAAGACCGACGAACGCGUGCUGAUAGCGACCGCGGACGCCUGUGACUCCGUGUCCGAAGACUGCGGGAAAGCACUUCUAAAAGGAAAUGUCACUCUGUGUAAGGAGGACACAGGGAACAGUUGA